CACUCCGCCACCUAAAACACUCCCAAAAAGAAAAAACACCAACAAUUAGCUUCAAGAGAUGUGUUAAUUACACUUUAAAUCAUCAUUCUUUUUGGCCAAAUUAUAAAAUAAUUUUUUUUAUUUUUUUUUUUUUAUCUUCCACCACCACCACCACUACCAAUUUGCAUGAAAAAAGAUUUUGUGGUGCGAAUUGCAAAAUUCAAACCAUUCAUCAAUUUAUCUCAUAAAAUAUGGGAAAGCAAAAGUCUUUAAGGAGCAAAGCAGUUCACUUAGUCUCUGAUCUCACCACUGUCUUGCUUAACCCCAUCUCUGAUAAGCCUUCUAAACACCCUUCUCCUCCUCCUCAGGUAGAUGAAAAUGAUUCGAAAAAUGGACAGCUUAAGUCAAUUAAUGAAGAGGAGGCUGGGGAUUUAGUUGAUGGACCGGAUACAUCUUCAUUUAGUGCGUUCCUCUAUUCUCUAUUAUCUUCGGAUUCUGUGCAUAAUCCAAACUCAGAGGAGCAAAUUGGUUAUCAAGAAGAGACAAGUGAUGCACUGUCUAAAGCUGGAAUGAAAGAGAAUGGAGGAAGGAAGAGCUUAUUUUCUAGGGGUAAAAGUUCUCUCAGAACUAUUUACCAAGCUGCUAGAAUCAGUGGGUAUCGAAGCCAGGAUAACAAGGUUGAUACUGACAUGAAAAGUGAUGAUGAAACUGAAGCCGAAUUUGAUGGACUUGAAAUGAGGCAUAUGCAGAAUGUGGAAGAGCCUGCAGCUUCAAAAGAAGUUCCAGAAAUUUCUGAACCUUCACUGCUUCUCACUGAGAAAACAAGAAGUUCCCUUUAUGCAUUACUACCAGGACUUGUUCAAGGGAGGAAAUGGUUGUUGCUCUACAGUACAUGGAGGCAUGGCAUAUCACUUUCAACUUUGUACAGAAGAAGCAUGCUUUGGCCAGGCCUCAGUUUGCUGGUUGUUGGAGACCGCAAAGGUGCAGUAUUUGGUGGACUGGUUGAGGCACCCCUAAAACCGACUAACAAGAAAUAUCAGGGAACUAAUAGUACAUUUGUUUUCACAAAUACACCCGGCGAUCCGGUUAUAUUCCGCCCCACAGGUGCAAAUCGAUAUUACACGUUGUGCUCCACCGACUUUCUAGCUAUUGGCGGUGGUGGGCACUUUGCAUUGUAUCUGGAUGGUGAUCUAUUGAACGGGUCAAGUUCUGUCUCGGAAACCUAUGGAAACCCUUGCCUUGCACACUCCGAAGACUUUGAAGUAAAGGAAGUUGAGUUGUGGGGUUUCGUAUAUGGUUCAAAAUACGAUGAAAUACUUGCUUUAAGUCGAAGAGAGAUGCCUGGCAUCAGCCGGUGGUGAGCGUCAUUCAAGCAUGAGAUAGAUCAUCGUGUUAAUCUCUUGAUUUGUGUUGAAAACUGUUGGAGAUGUCGCUCAAUGACCUGGUUAACAACCAGUGGUAAUUUUCGUGUACAUGUCAAGACGUCGAAUAAUAAACGUAACGCUUUUUGUA